AUGUUCAUGGAGGUUUACAAUGAUUCUCCCAUGGCGACUGUUCAGUUAAAGAGUGAAAAGAUUCGUUCUGAGAUUCUUGAUUCUGCUCUGUGGGCGGCUCCAAAUUCUUCCUCUUUUCAUGGUACUUCUGUGCCAGCCUCUGCAUCCAUGGUGAACUUUGAAGACGAAAACAACGACGAUUGCUAUCACCCGACGGGGAGGAAAAGGCGGCUCACUACAGAUCAAGUCCAUAUGCUCGAGCAAAGCUUCGAGCUGGAAAAUAAGCUCGAGCCCGAGAGGAAAAUCCAGCUGGCCAAGGAACUUGGUUUGCAGCCAAGACAGGUUGCGAUUUGGUUUCAGAACAGAAGGGCGAGGUGCAAAACCAAGGUUCUCGAGAAAGAAUACGAUAAGCUUAAAGCUAGCUAUGAUGAGCUCAAGGUAGAUUACGACAACCUUUGCAAAGAGAACGACAACUUGAAAAAUGAGGUGGACUCGCUGACUGAGAAAUUGCUCACAAGAGAGAACAAACGGGCCAAGCCCGAACCAACCGGUCACAACAUUAGUCCAACAGAUUCAGCAUCAAAGCAACUGAUUUUCUCUCCAAAUGCUGUCACAAAUUCCGGAUUGGCCGUGGUCUGCAAACAAGAGGAUGCCUCGAGCUCUGGUGUGUUCGACUCGGAAAGCACAAACUGCCAUCAUUCACUGGCGCCAUUAGAGCCUGCUAACUCGUCCAAUUUUUUCGGGCCAGAGGCUUCCGAGUUCUCUCAAGAAGACGAUGACGAGAGCCUGAGCAGGAACUUGUUGGUAACAUCAGUUUUCCCAAAGAUCGAGGAUGAAUUUUACGAUGAUUUGCAGCCGAAUUCGUGCAAUCUGGGGUUUCCUGUUCAGGAUCAGGGGACAUGGUUAUGGCAGUAUUGA